CUUCCUCUUGUGGUGAAGUAUGUGUACUGCAACUAGAACUGCACAACAACCACAACACACAUCUAACUUCACUUAGCUCCUAAAGGACAUUAGUGGAAAAAAGAUAUUAGGAAUAAAAUGAAAACGUGUUGACAAGAAUCAGUAGUGAAAACUGAAUACAUAAAAGAAUCUUACUUAAUCUGGAGAGAACUUUCCAGAUGGCAUUCCGCUCUCUCUGAAUAUUUUCCUAGUCCCUCCUCUUCUCCCAACUCCGACUCCUCCACGGGGUUUGUUUCAAGAACCAUGGCGCUGAACUCCUUCCAUAUCACUGUAUACGUGGCGUUUAAUUUCGUUACUGCAGCAUUACUUAGUUUUACCUUUGCAGCCUCGGGCAGCGGUAGCUCUAAUAUCCUGUCACUCUUGCAGCCGUAUGACUUUUUGUAUUACAGUGGAGUACGCUCAUAUUUUGGAGAGGAGUGGGUGAAGGCUGCAGAGCUGCUGGAGAAAUCCAUCGCCACCAAGGAAUCCCUUUUGAAAGCCCGCAGACAGUGUCAUAAAGACUGUGUGUCAGCUGGGAAAGAGGCUCUCAUUAAACUGGACUCUGAAAAGGGGAGUCUGUGGGACCUCUGGGCAUUGGACUGGGUGCAGCAGAGGGCUGAAUGUAUGAAGUUCUGCAUCGGACGCUCAGUCACACCUGCAGGACAGCUCCCUGUUUCUAGUGACAUAGAGUAUGAAUUCGGUAGUCGCAACCCUUACAACUUUCUGCAGGUCACAUACUACAAGCUGGAAAAGUUGCAGAAAGCAGCAUCAGCAGCUCAUACCUAUUUUGUGGCCAACCCCAGUCACCUCGAGAUGAGGAACAACAUUGAGAAGUACAGACGGAUGGAGGGAGUGACAGAAGAGGCCUUCCAGGACAGAGAGAUUGAAAAUGAGAGACACUGGGUCCUGUAUGACUCUGCAAUGCAGUAUGAGGUCUCCUCUGACUGGGUGCAGGCUGCAGAGAAAUGGAAAGCAUGUGUGAAUGAAACCCUGCGGCAGAUGGAGGAGUGCAGGGUGCAGUGUGAGGCGGCCUCUCAGCGGCUACCAGAGGACAGGGGAGUGGACAGUGUUGACGGCGUGUUUGAGAAAGCUGCAGCUCUCUCCCUCUCCCUGCUCUCAUGCCGGCAGUCCUGCGUGACUCAGAUAGCCACAAGGCCCGGGAGGAUUUCUGCACAGGAGGAUUUCCUGCCUUCACAGCUGGAGCAUCUGCAUAUUGCACAAUUUAAAGCUGGUGAUAUUAGUGGAGCAGUGCAGACUCUUUCCUCUCUUCUUCUGUUCUACCCCUCUGACAAGGACUCAUUAGACAACCAGCAGCUCUACUAUGAGACACUAGGGGGAGACACAGAGUCACAAGGCACACAACCUGCUCAGGAAAUUGUCACAUAUAUCAGUCAGUCUUUGCAAGAGAAAAAGCUACUGUAUUUCGGUAUGGAGAACCUAGACUUCAGUUUCAUCGACCCGGAUCUCUGGACUCCAGAAGAUGUUGUGCCUGAAUCACUGAGAGAUGUCUGGAGAGCUGAAAAACAGAAAAUUAACAAGAAAAUCAGUGAGGUAGAGCAGCAGGAAGAAGUGGAUGACAGUGGGUUUUAUGCAGGUGGACCAAUCCCUCAGGUAGGUGUGACCAUCACCAUGGACAAUGAGUUACUUAAUGGCACCAACCGCGUUGUGUUGGAUGGGGUCAUGACGGAGAAGGAGUGUGACAGGAUCCUGCAGUUAGCAGCAACCGCAGGAUCUUUAGGAGAUGGUUACCGGGGACGACGGUCCCCACACACUCCUCAUGAGACGUUUGAGGGCCUAACUGUCCUCAGAGCUGUAAAGCUGGCUCAAGAGGGCCUGGUGAACCAGUCAGACGCCAAACUGUUCCAUGAGUUGGGCGAAAGAGCACAAAACCUGCUGCACUCCUACUUCAGGAGCCCCUCAGGACUCUUUGUCUCCUUCACACACCUGGUCUGCCGCAGUGCUGUCGCAGGUGAUCAGGAGGGCAGGCUGGACUUGUCUCAUCCUGUCCAUGUUGACAACUGUCUCCUCGAGCCAGAGACCAAGCAGUGCUGGAGGGAACCGCCAGCAUUCACACACAGAGACCUCAGCGCUGUUCUCUACCUGAAUGAUAACUUUGAUGGUGGAGAGUUGUUCUUCACCAACAGGGAUGCAAAGACAGUAACCGCUCGAGUAAAACCAAGCUGCGGUAGACUGGUGGGCUUCCCCUCAGGUCCAGUAAACCCACACGGUGUUACUGCAGUGACAAAAGGCCGCCGCUGUGCGUUGGCCCUCUGGUUCACAAAGGAGAAGAUCUACAGGGACAUGGAGCGAGAGGAGGUAGAGGCCAUGUGGGCUGCCGAUGGACAUAGUGUGGCGAAAAAGGACGAGGAGAAGGCAGAGGGCACCACCGCCAGGAACGCUCGGAGCCAGGCAUCAAAGGAGAGAGGCAGAGGGGGGAGAGACAGGGUGACGGGAGGCAAAGAUGAGUUGUGAGAGGAAAAACACAAACCUGACAGACUGAAACACACGAACAGGACAACACUCUCAUCUGUGUCCACCCCCACUAGAGGACCAUUUCACCUUCUAACCAUGAACGCUUCACUGUCAUGACUUGUGAUUUUUUUCGCCCCACACAUUCAUCUUGCUGCCUUUUCUUUAUGUAAAGCUGCCUGCACAUGUGUAUAUACAAUAUUUAUACUGUAUAUGAUGAAGGUAAGUGAGGGGACACUCUCUCAAAUGUCAGUUCCUGCUUAUAUUUUUGCAGCUUUAAUGACCAAUAUCAUUUUUUAACUGAAGAGAUUACGAGAAAAAUAAAUGUGAUUCUUAAACAAUU